GCCUGGUAGUAUAACACAUCAACACCUCUUUCAUCUUCUGUGCUGGUGUGUGUGUUUUUUUUUUCUUAUUUUUUGACAGAACAAGCUAUUCAACUUCACUUCUUCCACUUGAACGGUUUCUCCUUCCUUCUUCACCCUCCUUCAACAAUGGGGUCAGCUUGUUAUCUUUCCUUCACUCUCUUCUUCGCAUUCAGUUUCAUAACUUGCACCAACUGUAUUGAAUACCUGAAGUUACCGUUAGUGCAAAAGAACAAUCCACUCUCCUUGCCAGCUCAGCUUCUCUCCUCAGACACUCACCGCCUUUCAACCCUCUUCGCGGCCCUCCACGGUCGCCGCGGGUCUCUGAAGUCCCCACUCGUCUCCGGCGCCUCAACCGGGUCGGGUCAAUACUUCGUGGAUCUCCGAAUCGGAUCACCGCCGCAGAGCCUCCUCCUGGUGGCGGACACCGGCAGCGACCUAGUGUGGGUGAAAUGCUCUGCCUGCAGGAACUGCUCCGCCCAUCCACCCGGAUCCAAAUUUUUGGUCCGACAUUCCAGAACCUUCGCCCCUCACCACUGCUACGACUCGUCGUGUCGACUCGUUCCACAUCCGGUCCAAACUCAAUCUCAAACCCGAACCUGCAACCAGUCCAAGAUCCACUCCCCUUGUCUGUACUCCUACUCCUACGUCGACGGUUCCACCACAAGCGGCUUGUUCUCGAAGGAAACGACGACGUUUAACACAAGCUCGGGAAGAGUAACCAAAGUAAAAGACUUCUCCUUCGGUUGCGGGUUUCGCGUUUCUGGUCCCAGCGUUACAGGCGCGAGUUUCAACGGUGCCCAAGGUGUUCUGGGUUUAGGACGCGGAACGAUAUCGUUUAGCUCCCAACUCGGUAGAACAUUCGGGAACAGAUUCUCAUACUGUCUUCUUGACUACACCAUAUCCCCGCCUCCAAAGAGUUUCUUAACCAUUGGUGCUUCCAAAAGAGACGCCGUAUCACGGAAACUGUUCAGUUAUACGCCGUUAGUUAAAAACCCUCUUUCGCCCACGUUUUACUACAUUGCCGUUGAGGGCUUGUUUGUUGAGGGGGCAAAAUUACCGAUUAGCCCUUCGGUUUGGACCGUUGACGAGAAUGGGAACGGCGGCACUGUCGUGGACUCCGGCACGACGCUUACGUUCCUGGCGGAGCCAGCGUACCGGCAAGUUCUGGCAGCCUUCCGGCGGCGCGUGAGGUUGCCACCGGUGGAAGGAGCGAACCUAGGGUUUGAUCUGUGUGUGAAUGUCACUGGCGCAGGGAAGGUGAAGCUGCCGAAGCUGAGCUUUUCUUUCUCCGGGAAGUCGGUAAUGUCGCCGCCGGCGAGAAACUAUUUCAUCGAGGCUGCGGAGGGAGUGAAGUGUGUGGCAAUUCAAGCGGUGAAAGAGGGUUCAGGUUUUUCCGUGAUUGGGAAUCUGAUGCAGCAAGGUUACUUGUUUGAGUUCGAUAGGGACAGAUCGCGGCUCGGGUUUACGCGUCAUGGUUGCACU